GCAGCACAAGGGCCAAGGCACGCGUUGGGAGCUGGAGCGAGCGAGGCCUCCGUUGGUUGUCCUUUGGCCUUCAGCGUCACUGCUCUAGCGCUAGCCAGGAGGCUGACGGACGGCGAUCUCCUCCAGUUCCCCAGAUGGCCCCGCCGCCUCCGCUUCCUCCCGCCGCCGGUGAUGCCGCCGACGAGUCUCUCCCGGCCGUCGCGCGCUCCGUGGAGGAGCUCGCCUCCUUCAGCGACAGGCUCACCGACUUCCUCGGCCAAUGGCACGACAUCCUCGUCCACGCCAACUCCAUCGCCGCCGCCUUGCCCCCGCUCGCCGACCCCGACCAGGACCGGAAGCCCAGCCCCAGUACCGCUGGCGUGGCGGAGCCUCGGGGCCAGUCGAGCUCCGUCCUCGUCGAAGCCCUCGCCGCCGUCACCGACCGUGCAGCGGAAUCCAACCCUAACCCCGAUCCCGCUACCCAGCUCAAGCCCGAUGGCGUCCCCGUCGACGCCGCCGCCGCCGCCGCCGCCAGCUUCCCAGUCCCCGACCCUGCCCCGGAACCCGAGCCCGAACCGGUUCUCUCGGCCGUGGUCGAGCCGAACCCGGUGCCCGAACCCGACCCCGCGCCCAAGCCCAAGGCGAAGCCAGCCGCCGAGCGCGAGCGCAGGGCCGGCGAGCCGUCGGAGGCGGCGCUGGGGGCCAUCUGCGAGCAGAUGGGCUCGCGCUCGCUGCGCCGCUUCGCCACCGCGCACCUGCGGGACCGCUCCUGGCUGCGCCGCGUGGGGCCCGCCGCGCUGCGCCGCGCCCCGGACCCCGCCGCGCUCGUCCUCCGCGCCGUCAGCCGCUACUACAUCUGCGCCGAGAGCGAGAGCGCCGAGGCCGCCUGCGUGCUCCUCCUCGAGCUCUACGUGCGCGCCGGGUGCCCCAGCCGCCGCCGCAGGCCUGAGCCCGAGGGGGAGGCCGAGCUGCGGGCGGAGGCGCGCGUGGCGGCGCUGUCGUGGCGCAGCCGGAUUGUGCGGGAGAAGGGCCGGGUCGCCGAUGCCAGCGCCAGGGACGGCCGCGGCCUCAUCCUCCUCAUGGCCGCAUUCGGCGUGCCGCCCGAGUUCCCGGGGCAGGAGCUCUACGAUCUGCUGCUUGCUGGCGGCUGCUUGGCCUGCGCCGACGUGCUGAAAUGCUCCCAGCUCUUUGUGAAGAAGCUGCGUGAUGUUGUUGUUCAUAUGGUGAACAAGGGAAGCUAUUGCGAAGCGAUCGGCGUGAUCCUUUCAUUUGAGCUGCAGGAUGCGUUCCCGCUCGGGGACGUACUGUCUUACAUCCUUGACAAGGUUGAGGAUGAUAGGAAGUUUGAGGGGCAGUCUAAUUUGGCGGGAUCGAAAGAAUAUGAUGAAGAGGAGUUGGUUCUUUGGAGAUCAAUAUCAAAAUGUGUGGAGGAGCACUCGCCAUGUUCCUCGGAAAUUUCUUGCUUCGGUAUCGCUGAGAGGAUUAAGGUGCUAGAAGAACGCGUCGGGAAGCAAAGCCAACCAAGCGUUUAAAGCAACUAAGC